AUGAAUUUAUUUAAAAUAAAAAAAAUAUUUUUAAAGGAAUUUAUGGAAGACGUAGAAGAAGAUGCCAAACUUCGAGAAAAAAUAAAUAUUUAUAAAAAAUCGAGAAAAGGAGGACAACCAUCAAUUUCAACAAUGGAUGAUGGUGAAAAUGAUGAAAUUGAUGGGCCAACAUUGGAAGAAAUGUUGGAAGAUUUAGAUAUUGAUGGGGAUGGAAACAAUGAUAUCGAUAUGGAUAAUAAAUAA